AUGCUCCUGGCCUCGGCCGUGGUGGUCUGGGAAUGGCUGAACGAGCACGGCCGCUGGAGGCCCUACAGCCCGGCCGUGAGCCACCACAUCGAGGCGGUGGUGCGCGCUGGUCCCCGCGCCGGGGGCAGCGUGGUGCUGGGCCAGGUGGACAGCCGUCUAGCGCCCUACAUCAUCGACCUGCAGUCCAUGAACCAGUUCCGCCAGGACACGGGGACCCUCCGUCCAGUUCGCCGCAACUACUACGACCCGUCCUCAGCCCCUGGGAAGGGCGUGGUGUGGGAGUGGGAGAACGACAAUGGCUCUUGGACGCCCUAUGACAUGGAAGUGGGCAUCACCAUCCAGCAUGCCUAUGAGAAGCAGCACCCCUGGAUCGACCUCACCUCCAUCGGCUUUAGCUACGUCAUUGACUUCAACACCAUGGGCCAGAUCAACCGGCAGACCCAGCGCCAGCGCCGUGUCCGGCGGCGUCUCGACCUCAUCUACCCCAUGGUCACUGGCACCUUGCCCAAGACCCAGUCCUGGCCAGCCAACCCUGGGUCGGCCGCCUCGCCCCCCACCCCACCUUGCUCCUGCCCACAGUGUGUCUUGGUGAUGAGCGUUAAGGCGGCCGUGGUCAGUGGGAGCACCGGACCCCUGCAGCCCCCAGCGGCCCGCAAGAACAUGCCCCCAUCUGGAGCAGUCAAGCUGCCCCCACCACCAGGCCCUGGGGCCAAACCACUGGAUGGCACAGGCACCAUCCGGGGCCCCGUAAAAACUGUCCCAUCCCAGGCAAGCCGGCGACAAACCUCUAGCACAGCGGCGGGGGCUACUGCGGGCUCUCCUGCCAGCCCCCCAGGAGCCAAUGGCAAGACUGGAAGAGUGGCCCUGGCGACUUUGAAUCGUACCAAUCUGCAGCGGCUGGCCAUCGCCCAGUCCCGGGUCCUGAUCGCCUCUGGGGUCCCCACCGUACCGGUCAAGAACUUGAAUGGGUCUAGUCCUGUCAACCCUGCCUUGGCAGGAAUCACUGGGAUCCUCAUGAGUGCAGCGGGGCUGCCUGUGUGUCUCACCAGGCCACCGAAGCUGGUCCUACACCCACCCCCCGUCAGCAAGAGUGAAAUAAAAUCCAUCCCAGGGGUUUCCAACACAAGCCGCAAGACCACCAAAAAACAAGCCAAGAAAGGUAAAACCCCAGAGGAAGUGCUGAAGAAGUAUCUGCAGAAAGUCCGGCACCCACCAGAUGAGGACUGCACCAUCUGUAUGGAGCGCCUCAUGGCACCCUCAGGCUACAAGGGCCCGCAGCCGACCGUCAAGCCUGACCUGGUGGGAAAGCUAUCCAGAUGCGGUCACAUCUACCACAUCUACUGCCUGGUCGCCAUGUACAACAACGGGAACAAGGAUGGGAGUUUGCAGUGUCCGACCUGUAAGACCAUUUAUGGGGUGAAGACAGGCACUCAGCCUCCAGGGAAGAUGGAGUACCACCUCAUCCCCCACUCCCUGCCAGGCCACCCGGACUGCAAAACCAUUCGCAUCAUCUACAGCAUCCCUCCCGGCAUUCAGGGCCCAGAACACCCAAAUCCUGGGAAGAGUUUCAGUGCCCGCGGCUUCCCACGACACUGUUACCUUCCAGACAGCGAGAAAGGAAGAAAGGUUCUGAAGCUGCUGCUGGUGGCCUGGGACCGCCGCCUCAUCUUUGCCAUUGGUACCUCCAGCACCACGGGCGAGUCAGACACGGUUAUCUGGAACGAGGUCCACCACAAGACAGAGUUUGGCUCUAAUCUCACUGGCCACGGGUACCCAGAUGCCAAUUACCUGGAUAAUGUGUUGGCUGAACUGGCUGCCCAGGGCAUCUCUGAAGACAGUGCUGCCCAGGAGAAGGACUGAGCCUGGAGGGACUUUGGGAUGGGAUGGACCCAUGGGAGCCACAAGGCAGGAAGUGGGGAGAGUCAAGGUAGAAGUUGGUGCCAUGCCCUCCUGACUCCCUCUUCUCCCCUCCUGUUCUGUUUCCAUCCCUCCUGUCCCUCCCAGCCACAAUGGGGAGCCAGAUUGAAUAAGGCCACAUCAUUCAUAAACCUCAUCCAACGCAAAGGGGACACAGGCUGAGGGCCAUCCUCGAUCUGUUCCCAUGGAGUUUUCGGUGCUGGGUAGGCAAGAAUCCCCCUCACCCCCAAGUUAGGGGGCUUGGUCAGCACACUUGGGGUAUGGACGGUGCGUGAGCACUCUAUACCCUGGCCUUGUCAAGGCUGAGGUUCAUGGCCUCAGCUGGCUUCUUGCUGCUUCCACUCUGCUUUGAGAGCGGAGUUUCCGCUUUUCUCUCCUCCGCUGGAGGCAGGGAGCGCUCACUGUGCAAGGUUGCGGGGCAAAGGGAUGAACCGCCAAACUGCUGUGACGUCAGAAAUCAGAUGCCUCGGAGUAUGGCAAGGGAGCAGUUCUUGCCAAGAGGGUCAGGAAGGCCAGGGUCUCAGGGGGCACGUUCUGCUCUCGUGAUAGCCCUUGGCUUCUCUGGGCCCUCUCCUUCUCCUCACACCUUUGAACUGUCCAAAGAGGAGUCUGGUCCUGUCGUGUGGAUGAAUGGACUCUGGAUUCCUUUUGGGGGUGGUAUCCUACGAUGCUGAUUCCAGCCCCUCUCUGAUCAGACCAGAGCCCGCAUCCCACUAAGCAUCUGAACCGUCCUCAGGGAGAGGAGCGCAGAGCUUUCUUCCACCUCAUCCCAGACCAGCUCAAAGAUUCCAUGAAUUUCAUCAAGUCACUGUGAAUAGAGCCCACUAUAGGCUCUGUGCCACCUGUGUACGUGCGUGUGUGUGUGUGUGUAUGUGCACGCGUGUGCACACCAUUGGGCAAGGUUGGUGGGGGAGUCCAUGCUCCCACACACUGUCUCGGUUCUGACGAGGAUCAAACAGCCAGGCUGUGGUCCCUAGGUGUUCCUCACCCUUUUGCCAGCCCAUCCCAGAGGAAACUUGCAUCCUGAUGGAGACGGAACUGAGCUUGGGAAGAUGUGAUGAGGUGAGGGCUGCGCUGACCCCUUUUCCUAGCUCUUUAAAGAUUGGAUAAGAUCCAGUUUCUAUUGAUCGGUCUUGUUUCUGUGAGGGCUUCCAUCUGUCUCCAUGUAAAUUGGCAAAUCAGGGCCCAGAGGUGGUGCCGGCCCCCUCAUCUCCCUCACUUAUUACAGAUUCACCCAGAGCAUGGAUGGAGCCUCUUUAGCUCAUUCGUAACAGGACUGUGACCACAUUAUGGUCUGGUCCAACCUGCAACUGGGUUGUGUCCCGAGAUCCCGUCUAUCCCCUCCUAAAUAUUCCUCUUGCCUUUGGCUUCCAUUAAAUACUGAAUUAGUGGUCAGGGAGGAGAGAAGGGGGAUCAAGAAGGGAAGCCCAAUUUCCCAUUUGAAAGUGUGUUCAUUGAACUGUGUGUUUGGGGGAAGUUCCUCUGGAUACUAAUUGAAUUUAUAUACCUCAUGUUUUGGGGAUUUGACAUAUAGAUAUGCAUAUAUAUUUCAUAAUAUUUGGAAGAAUUUUGAUGCUAGAAAAAUUGAAACAAAAGAAACUUCAAAAAUGGUACUUAAGUUAGAACUGGAGGCCAGGCUUUCAUGGGAGCCAGCCCCGUAGCUGCUUGCUGUUAGGCCUGCAGCCAUUUUGACCUUGGUACGAUCAGUAGACUCACCUGAUGAAUAUCACCCAGUUCCGCAGGACACGCUGCUGCUGAGCCUUUCCUCGCUUUCCAAAUGGCUAUAGGGAUUGAAUCUGCUCCACCAGAGGGAGCCCUGAUAAGAGGAGUUGUUCCUGCCAUCUUAGUUCUAGUUCCUCUAUCAGCCAGUGGCCAUUUAUCUCACCAGCAGACCAGGAGAUUGGUCCUGAGUUCCCUGCACCAUCGGGCGAUUUCCUGCCAUAGUCAGGAAGGAAACAUCUGAAUUCAUUGAAAGAGACUUCCCUGUGGUGUUUAAUGUCACACCCAUGCUCUUUACCCUGUGCCAGGGACCCAAGAGAUUCCUUGAGUCCUUUGAGAUUCAUUGUAGGCCUAGGACUAUCACCGUCUUUAGCAUUCUUGUUGAGUAUCUGCUGAGCGUCUUGCCCACAGGGACAAGGGAACAGACUGAGGGUCAGUGGGCAGAAAAACACAACUGAGGCAGUAGGAGGUGGAGAAGGAAAGAAGAUGUGCUUUGACAACUGGAAAUAGGUGGUGGGGGGCCGAGUGAUUUCCCUGUAUCAGACAGAAGAAGAUGGGGAAGGAGAUGGCCAGGAGCAGAAGAAAGAGGACCCAGAGAAUGUAUCAGGGAGUCUGUAUACCAGGGGUAAUACCACUUCUGAGAAUGAGUCUUCAUACCUUCAAGCCUUUCCCCCUCGGAUUUUGAUUGUGACUAUGCCCCUUUUCUCCUCCUCUAGAAGGGUGUUCAGUAAGGGCUACCUCACCCUCACACUGCUCUUCUUGUGGGACUUUCUGGAUAGAAGGGAUGUAGAAUUUCCCUUCUAACACUGUGCCAGCCAAAGUAUGGGGUAUUCCUUUGCCCUUUCUCUUGUACCAACCUGGAACAGUGCAGUCUUGGGUUCUGGGAGGAACCGGCCAGCAAAGGUCCUGUUUGUCCACUACUUUGACACCAGGGAUGUUUUCCCCACCAGAUACCCUGCCGUGUCCCCCUGGCCCUGGCAGGGGAUUCUAUGCCUUUCUGUCCAUUGUCUUAGCACCAGCAGCCUAAUUUCUUCCUUUCAGAGUCUCCAGGGAUGACAAAUGGGAUUGGAGACAGACCUUGUCAGAAGCUCAUCCCUUAAAAGGUGAAGUGUGUCCAUGUGGUUGCGUGUGCCUUUGUGUUUUCAUUCUUCUCCCCAUUUUGUAAAAUUUGGACUUCUGUGU